AAGGCGGCAAUCCUUCUCAAGCUGAUCAGCGUCGCACGACCGACCGACGAGCCGCUCGGAAGCAGGCAGGCGGGAACGCUCGCCUGCACAUUUGCUCGUUUUUGCGGGACGUUCGUAGAAAAGAUACAAAACGGUGUAGACACAACGGGAGCCGCGUCUUGGUUGCGGCGCGCCGAUGAAGCUCUUCCGCUGACUGCGUGUGGACAGCGCAUACGCGAUGGUGCCGAGUCGUGUUUGGAUCUGAUGGUUUGGAGGGCAAACUUAAACGGAUUAACCUCGGCCGCCCAACACGGCAGGUCCUCUGGGCCAAGUCCAAUCACCUGGCUGGACGGGGCCCAAACGUUUGUUCCGGCCACAGCGGAAGGAUGUCUCAAGAUCUGCGUUAAGCUCGGCGCCACGCCGGAUGUGCGUUGGUGCAAUGGUCGAGGUCCUGCUUUGACUCUUCCUGAGCAGACGACGUUCUGUGACUGUCAUCACGUUUACCGGUGUCACGCUUCACCCAGACAUCUUCAAAUCCAAAUGAUCUAUGGUGUUGUUUCCCGCAAAGAUGAAGCAUCGCGGGACCUCGAGGGCAGCGGUCAAGGAGUCAUUUGGAGCAAAAUCCGACAUGGCCAGAGACAUCGCUCAUCCGGGCUUGGAGACCGCCAGCACAUCCGUCGUCAUCCUCGCUUUGCGCUCGCUAGUCGUCUGCUACUUCCUGUCCCGCUCUGAAGCUUCGGCGAGCUCGCUCGGCCCGGAGCACGACUACAGCGCCGCCCCCAAAUUUGUUUGCAUUCCCAUUCCUCCAGACGCAGACCCCAGCUGCUACUCCCCACCCAGCGCCCCCCACGGGCCCGGUGCCCCCCACGGGCCCGGCGUCUCCCACGGGCCCAGCGCCAACAGCCACAACGGCAGAGUUCUGAUCUCAGAUGAAGCCAAAGCCACCAUCCUCCACCUCCGUGAGAGUCUGGUCAGGCAGAAGGAGACCAUCCUCGACCAGCGCGAGACCAUCAGAGAGCUUACGGCAAAGCUCACCUUGUGCGAGGGCUUUGGUGGCCACCACAGCAAUGGCCACCGCAGCAAACAUCACGACAAUCACCACGUCAACCAUCACGAUGACCACCAGGAAAGUCACCACGUCAACCAUCACGACAAUCACCACGUCAACCAUCACGAUGACCAUCACGAUGACCAUCACGACAAUCACCACGAUGGCCAUCAAGGAAGUCACCACGACAACCAUCCCGAUGGCCACGCUUCGCACCACGGCUUUUAUCAUAGCAGCGAUCAUCGCUUCUCCCAUGGGAGCCACGGCUCGGAGCCCCAUCACUGGGAUUCGCGUGGCAAACACGACUCCUUCUCGCCGGAGCAGACUGGCAAGACCCUCCAGACGUUGAAGGAGCGUCUGGAGAACCUGCAGGCGAGGAAUUCAUCCAGCUCCUACUCCAGCUCCUUGAGAGAACUCCUCCAGCGCAAGAUCAACGCUCUGGAGGAGCAGCUGCGCAGCUACUACAGGGACCACCACGACGACCACCACGAUGACCACCACGACGACCACCACGACGACCACCACGAUGACCACCACGAUGACCUCAACCACGAUAACCACCACGCCGAUCAUCACGAUGACCGCCACGGAAACAGUCGCCACGAUGACCACCAUAGCGGUCACCAUGGGAGCCGCCACUACGACCACCACGGCGAACACCACACUCGCCAUCAUGACCCUCACUACGACUGGCACGGCGAUAGGCGCCAUUCCGUUCGCUACGCUAACCAUCGCGGCGACCACCACGGUGACCACCAUAGCGACCACCACGGCGAUCACCACGGUGACCACCACGACGACCACCACGAUGACUACCAUCACGUUCCUCGACGACUUCCUUUUAGCAGCAAAGAGACAAGCGCACGUCAUGGCGAACACAGCAAACUGGAAUCCGUCCUCAGCCAGUUACACCACGGCCACUCGGAGCACGGAGGCCACAAGAAGCUCAAGAGCGCCGGUGCCUUCCUGCUGGACUUUCCCAUGAGGACCAACUACCUGUACGCCAGGAUGAAGCACUCGCCGGCGAGCGAGCUCUUUGCCCUAAGCGUUUGCCUGCGCCUAAAGGCGGGCACCGGCGCCGGGCCCGGGGUGGGCACGCCCUUCUCCUACGCCGUGCCGGGCCAGGCCAACGAGCUGGUGCUAAUCGAGUGGGGUGCCGAUCCCAUGGAGCUGCUGCUAAACGACCAGGCGGUGACUCUGCCCAUCACGGUGGCUGACGGCAAAUGGCACCACGUGUGCGUGACGUGGGCCACGCGGGACGGCGUCUGGGAGGUGUACCAGGAUGGGACCAGGAAAGGAUCGGGUCAGAACCUGGCAGCCUGGCACGCUGUCAAACCAGGAGGGAUGUUUCUUCUUGGACAAGAGCAGGACACCAUGGGCGGCCGCUUUGACGUGACGCAGUCAUUCGCCGGCCAACUGUCGGACGUGCACGUGUGGUCGCGCGUGCUGACUCCGUCCGAGAUCUACGCGCAGGCGUCGUGCGGGGCCCACCUACUGGGCGACGUGGCGUCUUGGGAGCAGGAGGGCCUGGAGCUCCACGGCGGCCUGGCCGAGUUGCCCUUUGACCCCUGCCACUGAGGUCCGCCGCUCGACUAUGUCCCAUGUUGAAGCGCGGCCGCCGCAUUUUCUUGUUUCACCUUUUCACGCCAAAGACUCGGGGCUGAUGAAUUUGAGCGUCGCUUCAAAGCGUAACUUGCCACCUAAACUCGAAAGGCUAAAUUGCUAACAUGAAUGGCUGACAUCCGUCUCAUUGCAGACUUUUGCACGGUGACGUCGGAGCCGCGUUUCAUAAAUGGAGAUGGUGGCGUUUUCAACGCAACUGUCUCAAGAUUCCGCAUAAUUGGAUGAGGUGAUUGCGUAAGCGGCACGUGAGACGUCCGGUCAACGCUCGCCACCCCAACGUGUCACCGCGCUAAUGGCCGACAUACCCUCGCCCACGUGUAGCUUACACCGGCAUGAUCCUUCCUAAUUCUCGGCUCUCGCGCAGUCAGUCGAGGUGAUGGCAUUUGUUAACUGGAUUUAGCGGCACUUUAUUUUUUUUUAAGGUUUUGUAUGAUUACCAAAACACUGAGUGGACAAAAUGUCAUUUUUGAUGAAUGUGAGAAUUUUGUGAUCGAUUUUGUUUUUUGUUCUCAACAAAAGCUCUCCAAACUUCCACCCUUCAAAGCACUAAUCCUGUCAUAAUCAAAUAAUCUUGUUUCAACAUGGUUUCUGCCACAAGAUGGCGCCAAAAUAAUAAAGGAGGUAGGUUCCAUU